UCGAAACCCUCUCAUCGUCUUCCGUCUCCUGCGCAGGUCUCUGAAAAAAAAAGGCUCUGAAAAAAAAGGCUCUGAAAAAAUAAACAGAUUUACCCAAAGCGGGAGCUCGCCGGAAGGGACAGAGACAGUGGAGCUGGCGAGGGGAGAGAGAGAGAGAGAGAGAGAGAGAGAGAGAGAGAGAGAGAGAUUACAGAUAUAGUGGCCCAUUGACAUAACGGCCGACCAGAACAACACCCGGAUCACCACCCGAUUUCUCGUGAACGGUGAGGAGGAAACUAUAGAUACAGCUUCCUAUGCAGCGACCUGCAUUUUGCAUACCUUUCCUCUCUUUUUUGAAACAAUGAUCCGCUCCUGUCUCUCUCCAGCCAUCUGAUGCCUUAGAAAACCCUAGAAAAUUUCAUCAUCCCUCGUCUUCCAUGCUCUUCUACCAUCUCUUUUUCUCAUACUCUCUCUGUAGAUUUCAUGGCUCUUUCUGCUUCCGAUCUUCCUACGAUUCUUUCCUUGCUGACGAAUUCUCUGAGCGGAGACCAGAGUCUGCGUAAACCUGCGGAGGCUGCUCUCUCCCAGUGCGAGAGCUGGCCUGGCUUUUGCUCUUGCCUCAUGGAAUUAAUCACUGCAAAGGAUCUUGCUUCUCAGGUCGAUGUCCGUCUCAUGGCGUCUGUGUACUUUAAGAACAGCAUUAGUCGCUAUUGGAGAAAUCGGCGUGAUUCCUCAGGGAUAGGCAGUGAGGAGAAGAUGCACCUGAGGAAGAAACUGCUGUCACAUUUACGAGAAGAGAAUUAUCAGAUAGCACUUCAGCUGGCUGUCCUCAUCUCAAAAAUUGCUCGCAUAGAUUAUCCAAAAGAAUGGCCAGAGCUCUUUUCAGUUUUAGCACAACAGCUUCAAUUGGCAGACACUCUUACUUCACAUAGGGUUUUCUUGAUUCUCUUUCGUACCUUGAAGGAGCUGUCAACAAAACGUCUUAGUUCUGACCAGAAAAACUUCUCAGAGAUAUGCUCCCAAUUUUUUGAAUACAGUUGGCACCUUUGGCAGAGUGAUGCGCAGACCAUAUUGCAUCAUUUUGCGGCACUUGCACAACGAUUUCCUGUCAAUGCUUCAGGGGAACAUCUGGAUGAUCUGUUUUUAACCUGUGAAAGAUGGUUGCUGUGUUCAAAAAAUUUACGCCAGCUGAUUAUUUCAGGGUUUCCCAGUGAUGCUAAAUCAGUACAGGAGGUUCCGCCGGUCAAGGAAGUUUGUCCUGCGUUCUUGAAUGUUCUUCAAUCAUUUCUUCCUUACUAUUCGUCUUUUGAAGGACAUCAGAAAUUGAGAGACUUUACAACUAGGACAUGCAUUAAAUUGAUGAAGGUUUUAGUCGCAAUACAAGGAAGACAUCCUUAUUCAUUUGGUGAUAAAAGUGUUCUUCCAGCUGUCAUGGACCUGUGCUUGAAUAAAAUUACAAAUCCUGAACCCGAAAUCAUGCCUUUUGAGCAGUUCCUGAUUCAAUGCAUGGUCAUGGUCAAGUCUGUACUCGAGUGUAAAGAGUACAAACCAAGCCUCACUGGUCGUGUGAUUAAUGAAAAUGGUGUUACACUAGAGCAGAUGAAGAAAAACAUCUCCAAUGUUGUUGGUGACAUCCUUACCUCUCUUUUGCCCAGAGAACGUGUGAUUUUGUUGUGUAACGUCUUAAUAAGAAGGUAUUUUGUUUUCACAGCAAAUGAUUUGGAUGAAUGGUACCAGAAUCCCGAAACUUUUCAUCAUGAACAGGAUAUGAUUCAGUGGACUGAAAAACUGAGGCCGUGUGCUGAAGCGCUAUACAUUGUUUUAUUUGAAAACCAUAGACAUCUGCUAGGUCCAGUGGUUGUUUCUCUUCUCCGUGAUGCGAUGAAUGGUUGCCCCGCUUUAGAAACUGAAAUUACUCCCCGGAUGCUUCUUAAGGAUGCUGCUUAUAGUGCGGCUGGCCAUGUAUAUUAUGAGCUCUCGAGUUACAUGAGCUUCCAAGAAUGGUUCAAUGGAGCUUUAUCUUUGGAACUCUCUAAUGACCAUCCAAAUAUGCGCAUUAUCCAUCGGAAAAUUGCAAUGAUUCUGGGACAAUGGGUUUCUGAGAUCAAAGGAAACAUGAGAAAGCCGGUAUACUGUGCUCUGAUCAGAUUACUUCAGGACAAAGAUUUGGCUGUUAGACUGGCAGCUUGUCGGUCACUCUGUUUCCUUAUCGAGGAUGCCAACUUUUAUGAACAAGAUUUUACUGAGCUUCUUCCAACAUGCUGGGCGUUAUGUUUUAAGUUGGUAGAAGAAGUCCAGGAGUUUGAUUCAAAGGUCCAGGUUCUAAAUUUGAUGUCUGUGCUGAUCGAGCAUGUUGGUGAGCAUAUACUUCCAUUUGCAAAUAAGUUGGUGGAAUUCUUCCAGAAGGUCUGGGAGGAAUCUGCUGGUGAAAGUCUACUGCAAAUUCAACUUUUAGUUGCUCUCCGAAAUUUUGUGGUCGCACUUGGUUAUCAUUCACCAAUUUCCUAUAACAUGCUAUUACCUAUCCUACGAAAGGGUAUUGAUAUAAAUAACCCUGACGAACUCAAUGUUCUGGAGGAUAGUGUGCUGCUAUGGGAAGGCACCCUCUCUCAUGCUCCCUCAAUGGUGCCUCAACUAUUAGAAUUCUUCCCAUAUCUUGUGGCAAUUAUGGAAAGAAAUUUUGAUCACUUGCAGGUUGCUAUUAGCAUAAUAGAGGGUUAUAUAAUUUUGGGUGGAACUGAGUUUCUGAAUAUGCAUGCUUCAAGUGUGGCUAAACUUCUUGAUUGCAUUGUCGGAAAUGUCAAUGAUAAAGGGCUUCUCUCAACGCUUCCAAUCAUCGAAAUUUUAGUACAGUGCUUUCCUGUGGAAGUACCUCCAUUGAUCAGUAGUACUCUCCAGAAACUAAUUAUAAUAUGUUUGAGUGGAGGAGAUGAUCAUGACCCUUCAAAAUCAGCAGUAAGGGCAUCUGCUGGAGCAGUUAUAGGAAGGCUCUUGGUAAUGAAUACCAACUUUCUUGCCCAUCUAACAUCAGAACCAUCACUCUCUGUGGCGCUUCAACAAGCAGGGGUUUCCAUUGAUCAAAAUAUACUUCUUUGCUUGGCUGAUAUAUGGGUUGAGAAGAUUGACAAUGUAACAGCCAUCCAAAGAAAAAUUUAUGCAUUAGCUCUUUCUAUUAUUUUGACCUUAAGAAUGCCUCAAGUCCUUGAUAAACUUGAUGAAAUAUUAAGUGUCUGUACAAGUGCUCUUUUGAGUGGAAGUGAAGAAAUAAAUGAUGAAGAAACCAGUGCCGAUAAUGCAAGCGAUACAGUUUCUCCCUGCGAUGGCACUGUUUCAAGUAAAGAAUCAAGAAGAAGACAGAUCCGAGCUUCGGACCCAAUCAAGCACUUAUCAUUGGAGACGAUGCUGAGAGAAAAUCUCCAGGCAUGUGCUGCUCUUCAUGGGGAAUCAUCUUUCAAUGCAGCCCUCAGCAGGAUGCAUCCAGCAGCAUUUGCACAGUUACAACAGGCAUUGAAAAUGGUGUAGCCCUUUGUUGAUAUAACGUCAAAAUUCAUUCUUUGUACAACAUGGUGGCUUCGUUUUCCUUUGCGGUUAUUGCAUCAUUGUUUUCCGUCUGGCGAGAUAGAACAUAGGGAUGGCCUGCCCAAGAGCUCCUACAACAUCUCCCUGCAUUGGCGUUUCUGGCUCUCUGGAGUUGGCUUUGGGUCAUUUCUCAUUCAGGCUGUUGUAAAAAUGUUUUUUCUUGGGUCCCUGCCCAUCCAAAUGCAGGCACAGUGCCAAUAUGGAACACGUGUGUGAGCUGACCUUACCAUCAGGUGGCCUACACUGGUUAAUCAGAGGUCAUUUCAGAACUCGGGCCACAGCGCAUGGAAACAAAUGGACAGGAAAGAAAGUUUGUUUUAACCACGUUGUACAUUGUGACCAACCUGAGGAGCUAGUUGGCCUGAUUUUUGAGGCAAAAGAUUUCCCAACUAGAUGGAAGGAUCCCAAAAGCAUUCCAUAUUGGCACGUGUGGCUGUUACAUUGGCUGGGCAUGGGUCUGCAUGGGUGUGGAGCUAGCAAACCUCAUUUUGGUGAUAGGCUUCUAAGGCAACCAACGCCUGUGAAUAUAAAAUCAUGCGUCAUGACAUUGAGGCUACAUAUAGGUACAAUUGCUGCUUUCUUACUGAUUGGAAAAAUAGCAGUACAUAGCUUCAGGUUAUCUAGAAAAGAGUACAAGAUAGGCAUGUCAUAUACUCUCAUGCCUGGAGCUACAGAAUGUUUACUUUGUGCUGUGAAAGUGAAAUAGUAAGGGUUUGAACACCACCUGUGCCUGACUCUCUUAUGCUAGUGAUGCUUUAUGUCAAAAAAUAUCAGCUGAUAUUACUUGCGGGUCCAUGAGUUGUAUUUGGAGAAGUAGACACCAAUUGUUCCGAAUAUCCCCUAUAUUAUCGAAAUAUCCUUGAUAUUAUCUGUAUCUCUAGCUCGACGAUGCCAAUAACAUUAGUAGCAAUACUGACAACACUGGUAGCAUCAGGAAUUUGAGGUAUC